CUGAGGCUCUCGCGCCGCGUACGAGUGUGACGUUACGUUUCGAUACAAUAUCCAAAACGCCCGCCCGGUUACAAAAUAAUAAUCAUAUUAUUCCAUGACACCCGUACCUAGUCGGUACGAUACGGUACCGCGGUAUAUAUCGUUUUAAUAUUUAGAUAUACAACCGUAUACCGUCUCGUUCGGUCUGCGUUUUCCUCGGAAAUAUUAUUAUAUUAUUGUAUGGUCUAUAUUAUCGACUCCUCGCGAUCGUAAUUUUUUUCAUAGUCCUCCUCGUGCAUUAUCCACCUUACAAUAGUAUUGGGUACGAGUAUUUCACCGCAGACAAACCCACCGCGUGCCUGCGCAUGCUUAAAGGUAGGUGCGGAUGGUGGACGAAACGUUCGGGACGGGUUAGCGACCGACGACGGUUUUUUAAAGUUCGUUGUUUUCUACCGUUUAUGGACGAUAUAGAUAUCACAAGUUCGAAUAACGGCGGUUAUGAUAAUUGUCACGCUGUUUCGUAGUAUAUAAAUAGUUUUUUAAUAUCUCUGGGGUCAUCGAUAUCCGAACUGGAUGAAACAGCCUAUACCGCAGUUAAACAUGGUUAUUUCUGUUCGCUCCCAGAGUGCGUCUGAUCCGGUUGACAUAUAACAGUAAUAAUAAUAAUAUAUUAUGCGUUCGUGGUUUUUCGUGUGUGGGAAACAAAAAAAAUUCCAGACCGAUUACGAUAUACCUACAUAAUAUUUAAUAUUGCUGCAGAGCGCGUGUACGUCAAAACUAUACCGACACGAUUUUAUUCCCAUUUUAUACAUAAUAAUAUAAUGUUCUUAUUAUUAUCAUUAUAAUAUUCGUUGCGCAUACACCGCGGUCGCUAUUGGGGAGAGGGGUCGGAUAUUGUGUGUCAGUAGGUACGUACAAUAAUAACGGUCCGUACCAUCUCCAACAAUCAAGUUCGAGUGUGAGCACCGAACACCGCCUGAGGCUGAUAACGUGUAAAAAAGAGCAUACACCUCUUCUGACCAAUUCACCCAUCGUUGCCGUCCGGUUAGCACUAUAUUGAUAAAUUUCACUACCAGCGCGGUAGUCUCUCACCUGCAGCGACGAGGGCUGUGUCCGGCGUUUUUAUUGUUUUUUCCGCGAGUGAUGAUUAACUUUAACACGCAAAUUUAAGUUCGAUAUUUUUUUUUUGAGACCGUCAACCAGCGACGCUCGUGGACAAUUUUGGCACAGAUAACGAUUAAAUUUUCCCAAAAAUGGCUGAAAUACAAUCAAACAUCCAAGAGUUUUUUAAAAAUAAAUCUGUCUUCGUCACCGGAGGUACGGGGUUUCUCGGUAAGCUGAUCGUCAACAAAUUGAUUAGAUCGUGCCCUCAGAUCAACCACAUCUAUCUUCUAGUAAGGGACAAAAAAGGAAAAAAUGCACACGAAAGACUGGAGGACAUAUUCAAUAUGCCGAUAUUUAAAGACAUCGAUGCAACAACAUUAAAGAAAAUCAGUGCACUCAGAGGUGACUGUAGCCAAGCAGAUUUAGGACUGUCCGUCGAAGACCUGAAUAUGUUAAUCAAAGAGGUAAAUGUCAUAUUUCAUAGUGCAGCCACGGUUCGAUUUGAUGAACGCCUUGACAUUGCCAUUGGAAUAAACGUAAUCGGCGCCAGAGAAAUCGUAAAACUUGCUCACAAAGUUGAAAAUCUCGCGUCUUAUUUACAUGUCUCGACGGCUUUCUCCAACUGUCAUAAUAAACGUAUAGAAGAAAAGUUUUAUAAUCUACCGUAUAACUAUGAAAAACUCAUACAUCUUUAUAAGACAAAAAGUUCAAAUAUACUCGAAAAAAUGAAACCUUUCCUGUUGGGACCCAUGCCAAACACUUACGUCAUGACGAAAGCGGCCGCCGAACAACUGAUCAAGCGCGAAGCCAAGGGUCUGCCCGUCACGAUAGUCCGUCCGGCAAUCGUGAUAGCGACCGCCAACGAACCGCUGCCGGGUUGGAUCGACAAUUUGUACGGGCCAACGGGCAUCGUGACUGGCGUGAUGACGGGCAUAAUAAAAUCUCUGCCCUGCGACCUGAACGCCGUCACGGAUCUUGUGCCUGCCGAUUUGACUGUGAACGCACUAAUAGCCGCGUCCUGGGAUACACACGUCAGAUACUGCCGUGCCGGGCCGAGCGAAUCGAUCGAAAAUCACACGGACGACCCUCGCAUCUUCAAUUUCGUGUCGUCACCCGAAAACCCAUUGACUUGGAGAAUAUUUUCGACGACCCUGAUGUACUACAUCUUGCACCGUCCCACGGCUAAGGCCAUGUGGUAUCCGACGUUGAUAAUGAACGCGUCGGUGUUUUUACACAAGAUCACCGUCCUAAUAUUACAUUAUCUGCCAGCGUUCCUGUUGGAUUUAGUGUUCAUUUGCACGGGAAAUAAACUCAGAUUGGUCGAUCAAUACAAGAAAAUAGGAAGAUUCACUGACAUAUUGGAAUACUUUUCCACGAGGGAAUGGAUAUUCAGUAAUAAAAACGUGCAAAGUUUAUGGAACAGCUUAAACAAUGACGACCAAACACUGUUUCCAUUUGAUAUUAAAAAGAUGCAUUGGGAAGAGUACUUGGAUACGUAUCACAAAGGGAUAAUGACAUUCUUGCUCAAAGAAGGACAGGACAAGUUACCGGAGGCCAGGAAACGUCUUCACGGUUUAUAUAUCUGUCAUAUGAUCUUCAAAGGCGCUGUCUACAUAGGACUCAUGAUGCUGUUAUGGGUGAUUUUAAAAAGAAUAUUUUUGGCUUAGUUGUGGCAUACGUGCGUGUGUAUACUACAUAGCUUACGGAAACUUGAAUUCAAUUUAAUCACAUUAAAUAUAUAACUACCAUGAAGUACAAGAUUCCAUAAAUAUGUUUACUAGUUGUUAACCUUUUUUGACAAAUCAAACAAGCCAUUACCUAUUUUUUUGUUUACUAUAAUUAAUUUUAUGUCUUAUUUUUAUGUAGAUUAAAUUUAUAAUUUUUUUACUGUAAAUUUUAUAUAUAAAUCGAAUUAUGUUCAUAAUUUAAGGAGUUCCUGAUAAUUAAUCAAUGAAGUUUUUUACAUUAGAUAGUAAAUGUACAAUAUUAUGUGUUAAUUAGUAAUGCAAACAUGUAAUUUCAUUUAAUUUGCAUAAACAUAUUAUAUAAUAUAUUUUAUAACUAAAAAUGUAUUUUUACUUAAGAUUAUUUCAUAGCAAAUAAGAAUUGAUUGAUUCGUUAAGUGUUUUAAAUUAUUUUUAAAAUUAAAAUUUGCUUAAAAAAAGUAACUAUUUUAAGUUUAGUAUUAUUUAAGUAAUUAUAAAGUUUAUAAGUGUAAUACGUAUAAUAGUAUUUUAUUAAUUAUUACAUUUAAAAUACGCAAGCAAUUUAGUUAUAAUAUACCUAUAGAAUUAAAAAUAAUUAAAUAAAUGCUAAUUUAUUGUCGUAAUUAUUAUAAUACAUA